AUGAAGUCGGGAGAAUGGAUCUUACUUGAUGAAGUCAACCUGGCUUCUCAAGAAACUCUGGAAGCGAUUUCGACUAUUCUGGAAGGGCCCACCGCCUCCUUAGUUUUGACUGAGAGAGGAGAUGUGGAACCUAUCGCUCGACAUUCGCAAUUCCGCCUUUUCGCUUGUAUGAACCCGGCAACCGAUGUAGGCAAGAAGGACCUACCUCCCAAUCUUCGAGCUAGAUUCACCGAGCUUUAUGUACCUCCACCAGACGAUGAUCGAGAAGCACUCAUCGCUAUCGUUUCCCAAUAUCUCGGUGAUGCUGCUGCUGGGGACAGAAGUGUGAUCCUGGACGUUGUCGAACUAUAUACGACUCUCAAGAAGCUAUCUUCCGCCAAAGAAAUUGUUGACGGAUCAAAUGCGGCACCUCAUUACAGUAUGCGAACUCUAGCUCGAGCUCUGACGUUUGCCGUGCAAAGUGCGCCACUCUUUGGUCUACGACGAGGAAUCUGGGAAGGAUACCUCAUGGCGUUCACUAUGUCUCUCGAUCAAGCUAGUGCUAAGAUAGCUCAUGAAGCGGGUGAGAGAUAUAUCUUGAGCCCUAUGAAGAACGCUAGAGCUGUUCUUGCUCAGAUUCCUUCUCUUCCCACCUCGAUGGAUCCCGAUGAUUUCGUCCGAUUCGGUCCCUUCUGGCUUCAGCGUGGUCCAUUACCUCCAGCACCCGAAUCCAAAUAUAUUAUCACUCCUUCGGUUCAAGCCAAGCUAUCUGAUCUUGCGCGUGUCAUCCUUACCAAACGAUACCCAGUGCUCAUCCAAGGUCCCACUUCAGCUGGUAAAACUAGUGCAGUCGAGUUCUUAGCCCGUCAGACUGGUCAUCGUUUUGUCAGAAUCAAUAAUCACGAGCAUACCGACAUCCAGGAGUAUCUUGGUACCUAUGUCACUGACCCUCAUAGCGGUAAUCUCGUAUUUCAGGAAGGACUUUUGGUUACUGCUGUCAAACAAGGACAUUGGAUAGUGUUAGAUGAAUUGAAUUUGGCUCCAACCGAUGUACUAGAAGCUUUGAAUCGUCUUUUAGAUGAUAACAGAGAGUUGGUCAUACCCGAAACGCAAGAAGUCAUCAAACCUCACCCCAACUUCAUCUUGUUCGCCACCCAGAAUCCUCCAGGCCUAUACGCUGGACGAAAAGUCUUAUCUCGAGCUUUCCGAAAUCGAUUCCUUGAAGUACACUUUGAUGAUGUGCCUAAAGACGAGCUUGAAACCAUCCUAUGUCAGCGAUGUCAAAUUGCUCCUUCGUACGCUAAAAAGAUAGUUCAAGUCUUUGAAGAACUGCGUCACCGUCGUCAAGCCUCAAGGGUAUUUGAAUCUAAGAGCUCUUUCGCAACGCUUAGAGACUUGUUCAGAUGGGCGGAAAGAGGUGCCGUGGGUUAUCAGCAACUUGCUGAAGAUGGUUAUAUGCUCCUUGCGGAGAGAGCCCGUCAAGAUGAUGAUAAAGUUGUGAUCAAGCAAGUCAUCGAAGAGAUUAUGAAAGUUACUAUUAACGAGGACAUGUAUUCGCUUUUCGACAAAUCCAGCACCGUCCUCACCCGAAUGCCGACAACCAAUCUUCCCUUUACCAAGAUGGUCUGGACUAGAGCUAUGCAAAGGCUUUUUGCACUGGUCGCCGCGGCUUUGGCGCAUAAUGAACCGGUCCUGCUUGUGGGAGAGACUGGUUGUGGUAAGACUUCGGUCUGCGAGGUCAUCGCUCAAAUGUUCAAUCAAAAAUUGGUCGGCGUGAAUUGUCACCAGAAUAUGGAAACGGCAGAUUUGUUGGGAAGUCAAAGACCCGUCAGGAAUAGAUUAGAGAGAAGAUCGAAAAUUAUCAAUACUCUUGGUCAAUUUGCUACUUUUUCUGGGGCGAUCUCCGAUGACGAGCUCAUGUCUCUCUGCAAUGACCUAACGCAUCGCACAGAUAUCGAUCAGGAAGUAAUUCGACAGUGCAAGCGAGAAAUCAAACAAUUAUCAGCUCUCUUUGAAUGGUCUGACGGUCCUCUUGUCCAUGCUAUGACGAACGGUGAUCUACUUUUGCUAGAUGAAGUGUCUUUAGCCGAUGACUCAGUUCUCGAACGACUCAACUCCGUGUUGGAACCUGGAAGAACACUUGUCUUAGCCGAGAAGGGUGGCUCAGAUAUCGACGAAGCUACUAUCGUAGCUAAUGAGCGAUUCCAUGUGGUCGCUACGAUGAACCCUGGAGGAGAUUUCGGAAAGAAAGAGUUAUCUCCUGCAUUGCGAAAUCGAUUUACCGAAAUUUGGGUUCCAGCCCUGAAUGAUAGAGGAGAUAUGUUACAGAUCAUUGGUCAAUCGUGGAAGAAGGAAGAACUCAAGGAGUGUGGACCAUUCAUCCUAGACUUCUUCUUGUGGUUCGGUGAAAAGCUAGGUGACCUAUCUGGUCUCGGUUUGCGUGAUAUCUUGGCUUGGGUCAGCUUCACCAAUGAUAUGUUCUGCAAAGGGUUAAAUGAAGCUCAAGCAUUUCAUCAUGGUGGACAAAUGGUUCUGAUUGACGGUCUUGAAGCCCUACCUCAAGUUGCUGGCAUGUCUACCCAAUCAAUCGCUUCUCUCCGUAAUGAAUGUCUAUCGCAACUAGACCAUUUUGCAUCCAAUCUCCCGGGUGGUUCGACUCUUCAUGCUCAAUCCGAUUUAGCUGUCAAGAUGACUUCAGAAACAAUGGCCAUCGGGUCUUUCGCCAUUUCGAGGGGCCCAGUUAUAUCUGAGACAUCGAUGUUUAGAUUCGAAGCACCAACUACUGCUCUCAACGCCAUGCGAACUCUUCGUGGCUGUCAAUUACCGAAAGCUAUCUUGCUUGAAGGUAGUCCCGGUGUAGGAAAGACCAGUCUUGUCUCGGCUCUCGCAGCUGUAGCAGGACAUCGACUUCAGCGAAUCAAUCUUUCUGACCAAACGGAUCUCAUCGACUUAUUCGGUUCCGAUCUACCAGUGGAAGGAGGUCAACCUGGUGAAUUCCAGUGGAGAGACGCAGCUUUCCUCGAUGCAAUGCAGAAAGGUGAUUGGGUCUUAUUAGAUGAGAUGAAUCUCGCUUCUCAGACCGUGUUGGAAGGAUUAAAUGCAGUAUUGGAUCAUAGAGGUACAGUCUUUAUCCCAGAAUUGGGCAAAUCAUUCGAUCGACAUCCCGAUUUCAGAGUGUUCGCUGCCCAGAACCCCCUCCAGCAAGGAGGUGGUAGAAAAGGUCUUCCGAAAUCGUUCUUGAAUCGAUUCACCAAGGUAUACCUGCAGGAACAUACUUCUGAAGAUCUCAGGAUUAUAUGUAAGGAUCUCCAUCCUAUGCCUCAAGACGUGAUCGAGAAGAUGAUCUUAUUCAACGAGGAAAUGCGAGAACAGACUAUGAUUUUGCGCACGAUAGGAAGAGAAGGUAGUCCUUGGGAAUUCAACUUACGAGAUCUGUUCAGAUGGUUCAAUCUCCUUGCCUCACCCAAUGGUCUCGAAAAGAGCCACCAUCCCGCCGAAUACUUUUGGAUGGUGUAUAGACAACGAUUCAGGAGUGAGAGGGACCGAGAAGCCGUCACUCAUAUCUUCGAAAGGAUAUUCGAUCUCAUAAUUGACACUACUAGACCUACGCCUUACGUCACACCUUCGUUCCUGCAGGUCGGUCACUCGCUGAUUAGAAGAGGAGACAAGUCUACCAUUGACGUACAUCUAAAACAUCAUCAUCUGGAAAUCGCUCAAUCUGUACUGAAAGGUAUAGAAUUAGGGUGGCUGAUCAUCCUCGCCGGCGAUUGUGGUAUUGGUAAAAGAGCUUUAGUCAGAGGACUUGCCGAAGGUGCCGGAAGGGAACUGGGCGAAUUUGCUAUGCACCCCGGAGUUGAUACUUCGGAAAUCUUAGGUAGUUUCGAACAACAAGAUGUUGGGCGACUAUUAGAUGCGGUUGUAAAAGAGAUCAACCAUCUUAUUGGAGUCGUUUCUGAUAACGACCCUUACCUUGCUUCUCAAACAACCAAACUCAGAUCUGCAAGACAACGCUGUAACACCACAUCUGAUGUCAAUGCGAUCCCCUCCUUCACUACUAUCUGCGAAAACAUACUGGCUCAACUUGCCCCGCUUAUCAGCACCAAUGGGGCUCGUUAUGCCUUGGACAGUCUGACCAAAGCUGGUCCUGCCACAGUUGGCUUCGCAUGGGUCGACGGACAGCUCAUCCACGCUAUCAAGAACGGCGGAUGGUUCCUUAUCUCAGAGGCGAAUUUGUGUAGUGCAUCUGUACUUGAUCGACUGAACAGUCUGUGCGAAUCGAAUGGAGUACUUGUUCUUAGUGAAAAAGGUUCCUCAACUGGUAGUCCGGAAGUUCUGAAGCCUCAUAAAGACUUUAGACUCUUCAUGACUUAUGAUCCAAGACACGGGGAAUUAUCAAGAGCGAUGAGAAAUAGAGGUGUAGAACUGUUUAUGGCUCGACCUGAAGACGAAAACAGUCCAAGUCAUCCGAUAUCAACGUUGGCCGAUCACUCACUUCUCCAAGCUUUCACUGCUAUUUCGAAUAACGAUAAGACCGCUCAGGAGAUCAAGGAUAGCUCCGUGGCCUCACUUGUUGCCGACAAGAUAUCGAACCAAAGCCAACAGAUCAUACCAUAUCUCAAUCGAGUUGGCUCUGUUGUUUCCGAAAGUGAUAAGGCGAUUUGGCAUGUUGCAACUCAGGUAGUCGGAGAUGCAGCUCUGGCAAGUAUUCUGAGCGGUCAAGCAACACAGGCUGUCGCGGGCCAAAGAAUUCAAGCAGAAUUUAGCCCUUCUAUGCCAAUCGAUAUCACUCUCAAUUCCAACAUCCACGCAGGACAAAGAGGUAUCGUCUUCAGCCUACUCCAAGCCAUCUUGCGUAAUGAGGUUCGAAAGGAUGAGAUUCAAUCUUGGCUUUCAGACUCAACUAGCGGUAAAAGCAUCCUUGCUAUGUCUGCUGCUUCAGCACGACGAGGUCCUUCAAGAAACAAAGCCCAAGCCGGAAACGACAUUUAUCCUUUCACGAGCUACUUCAGAGAAGUGAUCAGAAAACAGCUUCCCUUAAUUAUAGGGUCAGAAUGGCUAAAAGAGGAUUACGUGGACUGUCUUGAUCGGAUUCUGGUAUAUAUCCAGCUUAUCGAGGAUCACGCUAAGAAUACUACUUUCGACUACUCCUCGACUAAACUUCUCGCCGGCUGGCUCGAUGAACAACUUCGAGAGUUACCAUUCUUAGCGCCUAUAAUGGAGAAACUUCAGGGGCUGGUGAAGACAGUUCAAUUGACUUCUGGUCUAGGUCAAACCCAGGUGUGGAUGUUAUUCAGAGAUAUCAUUGGCGACAGUCCUUUUCAACAGGAUAGCUCUCGGGUUACAGACAAAGCUGAUGAUUUACGUGAUCCUGAACUCCGUCUAUCGGUUCUGCACGCUCUUUCAAAUAUGAUUGAAGGACCCGCAUCGCAAGAGUCGAUUGCAGAGCUCGAGAGUCUAAUUUUGGGCGCUGAGUCUCUGCAGCACAGGAAAUCAGAAGUGUCACCAGGAUGGAGUAACUGGUCUGUCUUGAGUACCGUCGAAUUGGCAUCCCUGCAGAGAGCCGCUGGAGACUACAUAGAAGUGCUCUUGGAAGACAAGAAUAUCCAGCUCAGCACGCUCUUGCCUCUUCUAAGGUCGGUUGGCCCUUCUCGCACCCAUGCGGUCACCUUUCAAGCCGUAUCGACCUUUUUGCAAAGGAUGUGGGAACAUUCAAACCCAAAUGACGAGCAACUAGAUGGCCCAGCGGACCUUUUCAAACCCGUUCGACUGGCAUCAGCUUUACGAUUCAGUGAUACCGAGGUUGUCAAAAUGUCGGAAAUCCCUCAGCAGGACGACGCUUUGCGUUUCUCAAUCAAGACCUUGCUAUGGAGGACCCGAGUGACUGAGGAUCGAAGAGCGGAUGUUUUGUCUAUGGCACUGAACUCCAUCAUCAUGAUUUGUUCGGCCUUCGGCAUCCCUCAUAUCCACAAUGAAGACCCCGUUCAAAUUCUCAGUCACAUCAAUCGAAUUAUGGCUGAAAGUCCGAGUGAUCCUACCAUGAUAUAUCUGCGAGAUACCCUUUUCAGGCGCAUCAUGCCAUCUCUCAACGCCGUCGGUAGCAAACCUCGAGAUCUCAAAUCUUUAGGAUAUAUCUGGCUGGCAGCAUCGCGUUUCCUCAUCGACCUCUACGUCACAAAUAUCCCAAUCGAUCCGGGAGUCAGACGCAGCUUGUUAGGAGAAGUCCUAAUUACUCGCUUGUCCCUUGUUGAAGAGGAACUGUUUGCCGCUGAAAGCGGAGAAAGUGCUCUCAAAGGUAUCGCUGAUUCUGCUCGUAUCGCCAACAUACAUCAAAAGGUCGCUGCCCUGAAGGAAGAGCAAGACUCUCUCGGACCUUCACUUGAUCGACCUUCCGACGCGGUCCGACUCUCCUACCUGUUCAACGAGGUUCUCUCCUUCUUAAACGACCCUUAUAGUGAAAGUCGAACAAACGAGCUUGUCAGUGCACUCAUUAACGGUCAUCCGCAAGCCUUUGCCAGAGAAAACGAUUUCCAAAUGGCCUCUGCCGCUUUCGUGCAACGGCUGUCUGCCAAUUACCAUGAUAUGUCAGAUUUGGUGCAACCGAUCAUUACCGCAGUCCUUUUCAGCAAGUUCGGUAUGCGCACCCUUGCCAGGGAUGCUGAACUUCGUACCGCAAAACCGCUUUCAACGAUCUCUAGCGCAAUAUCAUUCCCUCUUGCAUCAGGCAUACGCCGGAUUCAUCGCGCUUCGGAUACCCCGAUGGACAAUUCAAGUGGAAUUGCUACCCAACUGCUCGCCGCUUGUGCCCACUCGCAUCUCCUGGAGUCCAAACAACAACGGGUUGCUCACUUACCUGGUCUGUUUCUACAAUUGGACCGUCUUUACCAAGCUUGGAGCAGUAUCCGAGUGCGAGAACAGCAAGAAGCUCAGGCCUCUGAAAGUUUAUAUCGAGUUCGGAAAACAGAGAUUGAGGUUCUUUCGGAUCAAGAGCAGGAAGAGAAAGAAUUUGCGGAAUUGUUCCCUCAAUAUGAGGAUGCAGGUGCGGAAGAUGCUUCGCGUUCGAAAGAAACGAAUGGAGAGGAACAGAAGGAAGAUAGACGCUUCUCAGUCGAUCAAGUCGCUUCUUUCCAUCAACUUGUACUCGAGAUAUUUGGACAAAAGCAAUCAACUCCUAGCUCCCUCCUGAAAGAUAUGAUCGACAACACCCUUCACCAUUCUUUCGAGUCAUCCGCUUACGACGAAAAUCUCGAUAAUGAUAGUAUUGCAUAUCAAAUCUCGCUGUUGCAUAGGCGACAAGUUGAGGUCAAGACGUCGCCGAUCCAGCCUAAUUUCUAUCUGUCAUCCAAUGAACCGGAAGUUCGAAAGGCUCAUUUAAUCCUCAUCCGAUUAAUUAAACGGCUGGAUCACCUGAUCACUGAAUGGCCGGAGCAAAUGGUGCCCCAACACAUCAAAGACCGAUGCGAGCGUAUUCUCCUACUCAACACCAGAAGUCCUGUCGCUCAAGUGUUAUCUGCGUUGGAACAGCUUCUUAUCCACACGGAAGAUUGGGAGGCUUAUGCAAAUCGUGAAAAUUCCUUGAGCAGUCUCCGGGAUGAGAUCUCCAACCUUAUCAUCAACUGGCGAAGACUUGAACUCGCAUCAUGGAUGCGAUUACUCGAUGACCAAGCUGCUCAAUACAUCGCUCAAGAUAACGAAUGGACUUUGAGACUAUAUGGAGCGCUCAUCCAUGGGGCUGUUAGUGCUACGGAUAUCGAUAAACAUAUGGAAGAGGUUUUACCUAUGAUAUCUACAUAUAUCAACUCAAGCACCUUUGGUACUUUCUCCGCCAGGUUACGACUACUUUCUGCUUUCCAACGUAUGGCUCUCGAUCUUUCCGCUCAAGUCAUCGGUUUGAAGUCGGUCGCGACAUUGCUUCAUAAUGUCAUUGCCAAUGCACGGCUGUUCGAACCACGAUUGGUCGACUCAAUGCAUAGUCAACGAUCGGUAAUUGAUAAAGCUAUCAAGGACUUUGUCAAAUUGGCCAGCUGGAAAGAUGUCAACGUGUUCGCGUUGAAAGCCAGUGCACAGAAAUCCCACAAACACCUUCAUAGGAGUAUCAGAAAAUUCCGAGAUCUGCUUCGACAACCUGCAUCACCCAUCCUUGGAGAAUUGACUGGUAUCGUAUCGCAGGACGCAGCGGUCACCUUCGAAACUAUCAGCUCAGCGGUAUUUGAUGUCAGUACUUUGAAUUCCAAAGCCAGCGAAGCUAGAAAUCAAGCAAUCCAUGCUGUUCCUGAAGUCCUCAUCCGACUUGACGAGACUUUCAACCGAUUCACACGGAUUCAUAUCCAUGUGCGAGAAUCUCUCAAAGGUCCAAGCGCUUCCCGUAUGGACAACAUGGCGGUGGAUAUCAUUGAAACUGCUGCAGCUUUAGCAAAGGCUACACCGUCCUCACUCACAAAGGAAAACACCAAGAUCGUCAACAACCUGGCCAGUAGGAAACGUAAAGCUUUCUCAGAUCUGCUGAAAGCUCUUCGAGCUUUGGGAUUCUCCAACGCUGUGAGAGCCGAUCAACUUGCCCGUCAGCAAUCUACGAUAUGGCUGGCCAAUCGACCACCUAUCUCCGCUGAAGGUCUACCUGAUGACUUCGAUAUGAUAAGUGUCAAGAAGAUCGAGUCUUAUCACCAUCGAAUGGAUGUUCUCAUGUCUGCCCUGAGAGCUGCUUUCAAUGGUCACAAUGACGAUAUCGCUUCUCAGGAUCUGGAAAGAGGUAUAGGCUUCACAGAGUCUGUUUAUGCUACCGCUCUUACCGAAAGGGACAAAUCCGUCAAUGAGCUACACUCACUUGUCCAGUUAUCCUCCAUCCUCUCUCGCUUACGACACUGCGCUUCAUCACCAUCUAUUGCGGGUGGUCAAGCUUUGUUGAGUGCUCUCACUGAAGCUGAGUUCUCAGCAUCCCAAAUGCACAGUUCACUUCGGGAAAUUGAAGAGGGUAUCAGACAUCUGCGAGAGCUACAAGGUGUACAAGCGAAUUCGGUGGAUACGACGGUUCUACACGAGCUCAGACAGGAAACCACCCUGUUGGUUCAAGCCUUGUCAUCAGCCUUGAACUCAUCAAAGGAUUCCGAUUCUCUGAUUUUUACUGAAGCCGAAACAUCAUUGCUCGUAAUCUUUGGCCAAAUCCGCUCAAAGCUUAUCGAUUCAUUCACCGCUCAAGUUGUCGCUUCUCCCGACUUGCGACACCUUUUGGACCCCGUUGUAGCCAUGGUGAAAGCUAUGAGACAAUUCUCUAUCCCUUCAGUCAACUCGGGUCUGUCCUCAGAAACGUGGAAGAAGAGCGAUGAACUCAUCCAAACGCUGCUUGUGGUCACUCAACAAAUGAAGACACCUUCCUUACCUGAAGUCAAAGACGACGAGUCUCCUCAUGUUCCUUCUGAGCUCAAAGAACAGCGGAUUUUCUCCUCCUCUCUUCGUGUAUCGGAAAUCCUCUCACGCAUCUCUACUUUCAUCGCUGAAUUGGCGGACGCGCAAUCUGCUUCUACUGCUGCGCCAAACUGUCUUGCAAGACUUCUACCAUUCCUCGAAACUUUCUGUGAAUCUUACGCUCAAGCUAUCACCACCCAUAUCCACACUGUCAAAGCGACUUACAAGCUUUCCUACGUGGUCGGACGACUGAUGUUGGAUCUAGCUCAAAAGGGAUUCUGUAAGCCUCAAGAACAAUCGGAAGAUGACGGUGCAGGUGGAGAUGGAGAGAUGGUCGAAGGGUCUGGUAUGGGCGCGGGUACAGGUGAUAAGAAUGUAUCCAAUGAGAUCAAAGAGGAAUCGCAAGUUGAGGGUUUACAAGGUGAAGAGGAGGAAGAGGAACAAGAUCAACAAAAAGGUGAAGAUGAUGAUGACGACGCAUUCAGUAUGGACGAAGAUUUCGAAGGCAAAUUGGAUGAUGGGAAAGAGAAGGAUGAAGAAGGCAGUGGAGACGAAGAGGAGGAAGACGAAGAUCACGAUGAACAUGUUGGUGAUGUUGAUCCAUUAGAUCCUGGAGCGGUAGAUGAGAAAUUUUGGGGUGAUGAGCAAAAAGAAGAACAGAAGGAUGGUGGGUCGGAUGAGUUGAUGGAUCAGAAAACACAAGAGCAAGAAGGUGAAUCUGAGAUGGCUGCGAAGGAGAAGGAAGGUACGGAAAGCAAGGAUAAGAAGGAAGAGAAGGAACAAUCACAGGAAGAGAGUAAAGAAGGAGAACAAGGUCGGGAGGGCAAACAGGAGGAGCAAAAAGGAGAUGAACAAGGUGAGGAGCUGGAUGAAGAGACGAUGGAGGAACAAGGUGGAGAAGAUGAGCAAGGGGAGGAAGACAGGCCGUCUGCUCAAGAUCAAGAUCAAGUGGCUGUUCCUGAAGGGGGUAAACUUGAUCUACCGGAGGAUUUGAACUUCGAUGAAGAAGAAGGUGAUGAGAAGGAUGGAGAAGGUCAAGAUGACUUCGAUGAUGAUAUGAAGAUUUCAGAUGGUGGGGAAGAAGAUCAUGACGCAGAUAAUGAUGGAGGAUCCGAUAUAGAUAUGGGUAACGAGGAAGAUGGAGAAACUGCCGAAGAUGCACCUUUAGCUACAGGAGUAGGUGAAGAUGAGACCGAACAGGAAGCUCAGAAAGAGCAGAACGUAGAUGUGUCCGCUUCUAAUGAUAUGACUCAGGAGUCAGAACUUGGUCAAGGUGUCAGUGGAGGUAUUGAAGGUGAAUCGAAGGAAGAGAAGGAGGCUGAGGAGAAGGAGAAUAGCGAGAAAGAGGAAUUAGAUGCAGAUGCUCAAGGUCAGGAUGGAACCGCACCCCAAUCUCAACAACAAUCUGGUCCAUCCAAUGAUCAGUCAGUAUCUGACGGCCCCAUCGACUCCUCAGGUGCGCCUCUUCCAGCUCAGGAUCAGUCUCAACCUCAAUCAUCUCGAAGUCUAGGUGACAUCCUCAAAGAUAUACGAAGGAGAAGGGAUGAGAUUCUCUCCCAACAGGAAAGAGAGCAGCAACCUCAACCUACUGAUGAUCAACAGGCUUCAGAGCAGGCUCCGGGUCAAGUGGAAUAUAUCAAAGAGGAUGAAGCUAAAGAAGACGAUACGCAAGCUCUGGGUAGAGCAGGCGAAGAGGAAAGACAGAAAUUAGAAGACCUCAAUAUUAUUGAUGAGGAUGAAGCUGAAGGUGAAGGUGAACGAAAUCCUGGAAUGGAAGAUGACGAAGAAGAACCUGAGAUCGAUAAUGGAGAGUACCAAGAACGAGAGUUGACUCACCGAUCUGCUGCUCCAGUCGAUGAAGAUAGACAAAGGGAAGAGAAGGCUCUCACUCAGGCUGACAUUGGUGCUGGACCUAGAGGAUCAGGUGUAGACGAUACGAUGGACAUCGAUUUCGAUCCUACCGAAGAGGAUGGUAUCGAAAAUAAGGAUAUCAAACCUGAUUUGGACGAUGGUGAAGAACCGGAACUCAACCUUAUCGACUCAAGCGGUAUCGCCAAAGACGGAUCGUCCAACGCUGAAGAGCUAUGGAGAAAAUACGCAUCUAUGACCAGUGAUCUCUCAUACGCUUUAUGUGAACAAUUGCGAUUGAUCUUAGAACCCACCCUGGCAACUCGUCUACAAGGUGAUUUCCGUACUGGUAAGCGAUUGAACAUGCGUAAGAUCAUACCUUACAUUGCAAGUGAAUAUACCAAAGAUAAAAUCUGGUUGAGACGUACGAAACCUUCCAAGAGGGAAUAUCAAGUACUACUGUCUCUCGACGACUCAAAAUCAAUGUUCGAAUCACAAUCUAUCGAUUUGGCCUACCAGACUUUGGCAUUAGUUUCUCAGUCGAUGAAUAAACUUGAAGUUGGGCAAAUAUCCAUUGCUAAAUUUGGUGAAUCGAUUGAUAUACUUCACCCAUUCAAAGAUGGCUCAGGCUCAUUUACCGAUAUGGAUGGUCAGAAGAUUAUUGAGAAUUUCAAAUUCAACCAGAAUAAAACGGAUGUGGUCAAAUUGUUAGAAAGAUCCUUAGGCUACCUGGCUGAAUCUCGUUCGACUGGAAACCUAACAGGAGGAGCGGAUUUAUGGCAAUUACAGAUUAUCAUUUCGGAUGGAAUUUGUCAAGAUCACAACAAGUUGAGAAAAUUGUUGAGGAAAGCGAUUGAAGAGAGAGUAAUGAUCGUUUUCAUCAUCAUCGAUUCAUUGAAUCAGCAAACUCAAUCCUCAGUUCCCACGCCUGUGAAUACCAAGAGCAAGACUAGUAUCUUGUCGAUGCAGACUGUAGAGUACAAGAUGGAGAAUGGAGAGAUGAAAUUGGACAUGAAGAGAUACCUUGAUACGUUCCCGUUCGAAUUUUAUGUGGUCCUGAGAGACGUGGAAGCUCUACCUGGGGUGUUGGCGGAUACUUUAAGACAGUGGAUGACGAGAGUUAGUCAGUCUCAGGAGUAG